AUGUUCUGUGAACAUAAAGGGAAUCUCCCAGAAUUACUUAAUAUGGUAAACAUCAAAAAUAUUCAAGGCUCUUUCUUCAAAAUAUCAAACUGAUUUUUGUUAAUUCUAAUUACAUAGUCCAAUUGCUAUUCAAUUCUAAGAUUAAGUAUGUUUUGAAGAAUAAGAAGAGUAUUUCAAAUUGUAUUAAGUCUAAUUAUUUAGUUAUUAUACAUACCCAUAUCUGAAAGAUAAUCAAAAACACCUUACUGAAUAUUAUAGAUAUCAUAGAGAUAUCCCACGCAUUUUCAUUAAGAAUAUCACUUCUUAAUUAGAAGUUUAUCAUGAAAAAUAAAGAGAAAUCAGAUAUAAGAAAAUAAAGAAAUAAUUAGGAAUGUAAGUCAAAGAUACAACAAGAGAUGAUAUGAUUUAACCAUUUAAGGCUCUUAAAGGUCUUAGUGAGUUAUAGACUUCAAGACAAUUGUAGUAAUUGUUAAAAUAAAUCAAACCACUUCAUUAUGAUAAAAGCGGAAUUGCAACUUUGAUUUAAUAAUAAAAGUAAUAGAUGUUACAAUCCCCAAAUUUAAAAGGAUUAUUAAAAAUGGAUAACAUUAAAACUACUACUACUUUGAUGACAACCAAAAGAACUCAUCAUACUUAUCAUACUCUAUAAGAUAUAAAGAAGAAAAGUCAUAAAAAAUAACUUACUUUAUGCACUGAUUACUCUCCUGAUGAAAGGAAUGAUUUUUAUAAGAGAUGGUCUGAUGUUUUAAGUCAUAGAUAAUUAUAAUAUCAUAAAAAUAAAAUAAAAUGCACUCUUCUUAACAAAAAGAAAUCACUUAAAUGA